GCCAAUGGUUCUGCUGAAAAUGUACACACCCGAUUCAUCUUGGGGGCUUCGACAGACAACUGGACUCCGCAAUUCUUGACAAAUAUCAAUAACAGGGAACCGCCACUUCUUCACUUUGAGCAUUGCUAUUCUUAUUAGGGUAAUUAAUUGAGGUGGGGAAAUGUCUUCUUCGAGUUUAGUUGUGCGAAUUCGGAGCAAUGUGCAGCAGCUUCGACAAAUUGAGGAGAGAUUGGAGAAGAAGGCGAGGUUCUGCAUCAACGACAACGUAGAUCUGCUAAUUGAAAUUCUGAAGCGCCUCGACGACCGCUCGCUCGGUGUCGCCGCCUGCGUUUGCCGCCUCUGGUGCGCAUUGACUCGGAACGACUCGCUAUGGGAGCACCUCUGCUUUCCGCACCUGUCGCCGCCGCCUGACGGUGUUAGAACUGUCGUUGCGGCGCUCGGAGGCUACCGGAGGCUGUAUAUGCUGUGCGUGAAGCCGGUGGUCGGCCGAUUGGGGAAACGAAAGGCCGAGGGGAAGGUAUGGACUCGACAUGAGGUCGAGCUUGCUUUGUCGUUGUUCUGUGUGGAUUACUACGAGAGAGUGUUGCUCGGAAGCAGCGGAGGCGGCGGCGGAAGUGGUGGCGGAGGCGGAGGCGGAGGAGGAAGGCUGGCCGGCGAGUCGCCGUCGCCGCCGUCGUCGCUCAUGUUCCUAUGCAAAGCCGUGAACGUUUGACUUCAGAGUAAAAUUUAAAAUCACAUUAUUAUUAUUAUUAUUAUUAUUUUGUAUUCAAACAAAAUAAAUAUAUAUAAAUCAUGAAUCAA